ACUGUGGGGGACAGACGUAAGUUAUUAACUGGUGGAAGCUGGAGGGAAGUCGGAGAAAUCAGAUGCGGAACGUCAUAAAAUCUACAUUAAAUACAGAAAACUGUAGAUUUAAUACAUGUGUUAGUGUUAUAUUUUAAUUCGAUUUCAUAAAGAGAAUGAAAAAAAAAUCACGCUCUCGUAUACAUGAGUCCGAUGCAACGAAGCGGUUACUGAUGCCUAGAAAUCAAACGGUGUUCGCACUAACAACCGCAAAAGACUAAGCCCUUCAGUACUGAAUCAGGACGUUUACUCAGCACUGUGACCCUAUAACUUUAUGCACAAAGCUCACAAAUCCAAAGACGUUUCUGGGUGCUACAAUCGGCUCGUGUUACACAAGUGGAAAAGAAAUUGUUUGAGCUCUUACGGACUGUUACAGUGUUAAGGAUCUGCUGUACUUCAGGGAAGUGAUUUCCAAUCCUAGAUUGCCCUCUGCAGGAUGGAGAAAAACCUAAUUAUUUUUCACUACAACUACACCGGAAGGCUAGACAACCGCAGUGAGAGCGCGACUGGGUCCACAAUCGCUAAAACCGUGACUAUUCUAUUCAUAUGCAGCUUAAUAGUCCUGGAGAACGUGAUCGUACUAGUGGCAAUAUGGAAAAACCAGAGGUUCCACAACCGCAUGUUCUUCUUCAUUGCCAAUCUGGCGCUUUGUGAUCUGCUGGCUGGAGUGACCUACGCAGUAAACUUGCUGAUGUCGGGGGAGCUGACCCUCCGUCUUUCCCCAUAUGCAUUUUUUGUGCGGGAGGGAAGUGUCUUUGCGGCACUUUCCGCGUCUGUCUUUAGUCUGUUGGCGAUUGCAGUUGAGAGGUACAUGACAAUGAUUAAAAUGACACCUUACAAUGCCAAUAAAAGAUACCGAGUGUAUCUCUUAAUUGGGACAUGUUGGCUUAUUGCAAUUUCUUUGGGAUCCCUGCCUCUGCUUGGCUGGAACUGUCUGGAUAAUCUUCCUGACUGCUCAACUAUCUUCCCUCUUUACAGCAAGAAAUAUGUGGCUUUUUGCAUUAUCAUUUUUAUGAUUUUAUUGCUGGCCAUCUCUGUACUAUACGCUCGUAUAUAUGCGCUGGUCAGAUCUAGCAGCCGCAAAGUCACCAAGCACAGUAACUCGGAGCACUCCAUUACCCUUCUGAGGACAGUCAUCAUCGUUGUAGGCAUCUUCAUCAUCUGCUGGAUGCCGCUUUACAUCCUGCUGCUAAUCGACGUGGCCUGCCAACACAAGCAGUGCCAAAUUCUUUUCAGCGCUUCCGGGUUCAUCACCAUGGCUGCCCUGAACUCUGCCAUGAAUCCCGUCAUCUACACGCUAUCCAGCAGGGAGAUGCGGCAGACGUUCCUCAGCCUGAUCUGCGGUUGUCUUCUUGGGAGUAAGACGAGAAGUGUCUUACCAGUAGAGCAAACCUCAGAGAACAGCAAGAGCAAGUCCAGCAGCAGCAGCAGCCACGCCCAAAAGGUCAUGGUCAAAGAAUGUCCUGACAUCGAAAGCACUGUGGAAUAGUCCAUAGCCUGUGGCUGCAAAAACUGGACAGCUGGAUAUUCCAUAUUCUUUAUUAUUUUAAAUUCUGGAAUGGAGACAACAGUCAGAUAUACAUCUAUUAAGACCUGAUUAGAAUACUUUAGAAAGAAUGGAAAUUCAUGAUAAACUGCCUAUAAAUGUGAUGAAUACAGAAAUUUAAUAAUAAUUUUGAAAACUAUUAUAUAUCAUUAACAAUACUGUGUAAUUUGUGUAUCUAUUAUUCAUAAAAAUUGAAAUGUAAAUAUGUUCAGUUAGCAGUAAAAGUAAACCUUGAAAAUUUUUCAGUUUUCAUAUUAAUAUAUUCAUUUGACCUGCAUUUUUAAUAUUUCAGCGUAAAACAAAAUAGCAUGAAUUAUUGUACCCUGUAAAAAAUAAUAUUAUAUUGUAUUCAUUGUUCUUUCCAACUAUGCGUAUCAGCUUGUCCCUUAUACACAUCAAAAUCUAAAUUUCUGCUAAUUUUGAGACUUGAAUGAAGGGAUGAGAUCUGAAACUUUUAAAAGUAAAAAAAUAAGGGGCAUCCUAAUGCGUAUAAGAAAUAAUGUCGAUAUAUAAGGAGAUUGUUAUAUCCCUAUUAAUAUUUUCAUGUAAUACACUUUUUCUCUAUAACAACAUCAAUAAUGUUGAUUUUAGAACGUUUAAACUGGGGCAUCAUGGUGGUGAGCACUGUCACCUGACAUCUCUGGGACUCGGGUUCGAGUCUCCGCCAGGGUUGCAUGUGUGUGGAGUUUGCAUGUUCUCCCCAUGUCGUCGUGGGCUUUCUUCCAGUCCCCCCCCCCCCC